UGCGGCCCCGGUGCGGGACUCGGGGGGGGGCCGCUCCGCUCCGCGCCGCCGUCAUUGGCGGCACCGGCGGCGCUGGGGCGCGGGGCGGGGAGGGAGCGCUCCCCCGCAGAGCCGCUGUGCCGGGCCCGGCCAUGUGCCGAGAGGGUGUCUGCUGCCGGCUCGCCUGCUCGGCACCGUGAGCUGGUUUCCGCCUUUUAUAUAUAUAUAUAUAUAUUUUUUUUUUUUUUUUUAAAUAAAUUCCUUAUUUUUUGCCUUGAUGCUCUCCGAGCUGGAGACUUCGGGAGACGCGGUCUUCACCUGAGAGAUCCAGCCCAAUUCCCCCGUUUGAAGCUUAGUUCACAUCAACUGAAGCGGAUGAAAACGUCUCGAGAUUCAAAGACUCAUAAACUGGCACCGAUCGUAACAGAGAGACGUCCUGGACUUUGUUGUAAAAGAUGAUACACGGGCUCCAUCAAAGCGGGUAUUUGCUGUGAUGAUGCGGGAGCGUGCCGGGAGACAGAGGGAGUUCACAGGCUGUUAAUGGAGAAGAGGGCGGAUGACAGCCGGGACCGUGGUCAUCACAGGUGGAAUAUUAGCGACUGUCAUUUUGCUUUGUAUCAUCGCUGUCCUCUGCUACUGUAGGCUCCAGUACUACUGCUGCAAGAAGGAUGAGUCCGAGGAGGACGAGGAGGAGCCCGACUUCGCCGUGCACUCCCACAUCCCCCCGCUCCACUGCAACCGCAACGUAGUGCUGACCAACGGCCCGUCCCUCUACGCCUCGUCCCCUUUUGGCAAGAAGCCGGCCCCGAGCCGGUCCAGCUGCCCCAGUUGCGCGCCGUACGAGCCCCCCACCUUCUUCUUGCAAGAGCCCCCCGAGGAGCUGCACAACGGGGGCGACCGGGUGAGCUACAAGACGGUGAGCCAGGAAGAUCUCGAUCUGCCCGUGAGCGUGGCCAACCUGCAGGCACUCAACCCCAACCGGCUCUCGGCCAUGCGGGAAGCCUUCUCCCGCAGCCGCAGCAUAAGCACCGAUGUGUGAGGGGGGUGGCUCGCCCGCCCGGCCCGGAGCAUCGCAUUGCACCUCACCGCUGCCACCAGGGCUUUUAACAGUGGGGAGAACUUUCUGAGAUUCGUGGAAGAGAAUUGAAAAAGAAAAAAGAAAAGAAAAAAAAAAGAAAAAAGAAAAAAAAAAAGAAAAAAGAAAAAAAGAAAAAAGAAAAAAGAAAAAAGAAAAAAGAAAAAAGAAAAAAGAAAAAAGAAAAAAGAAAAAAGAAAAAAUAAAAAGAACAUAUUUCCAUGUUCUGUAGGCAGAGACAUGAUAAAUGGCAGUAUAAAGGGGUAGCAAAAGAAACAAGGGGAGCACGGGGGAGGACAGUUGCAGCUGGGACACAAGGUUUUCUAGCGACGCGUUGCAAUUUUUUUUCUUUUUUUUUUUUUUGUCCUUUUAUAAAGAGGCUUUUGAUAUCGCGCAUCCUUUUAUACAGAGUCAACGCCCCUCCUCGACAUGCGGCUGGAGCGCCGAGUGAUGACAAGCAAGUAACGGGGCGCACGGUUGGCUGUGAAAUGGCUCGUGCUGCAAGUCAGCCGGCGUCUGCCGCCGUGUCGAGGGGGCACGCUGCGGCCGACUGCUCCUGGCCAUAGUGUGCACACACACACACACACACACACAAAAAAAAACAAACAAAAAAAAACC